AUGUCAGACCCGGUCGACAAUAAAGUCGAUUUCGGCCAUAUUUCCUCGAACGAAGAUGGGCUGGCCGCUCAUCAUGGUACCAAAUCGAUUGCAACGUCUGCGGACCCCAACAUCCAGGAAGCGAGGGCGAGAGGUCUUCAACCGCCCGCCAUCCUCGCCAAUUUGACUCCCGAGGAGCGACUCGUACUCGAAGCCCACUUGAGGAGGAAAGUCGACUUGAGACUUUUGCCGAUGAUGAUUCUCAUGUACAUCAUGAACUACAUUGAUCGGAAUAACAUCGCCGCCGCGAAGCUCGCCGGGCUGGAGCGCGAUUUGCGCCUCCCCACCAACUCAACGGAGUAUCAGACGUCGGUCAGCAUCCUAUUCGUCGGUUACUUGCUUAUGCAGAUCCCUUCCAAUCUGUUUCUCAACAAAAUCGGAAAACCUGCCCUGUAUUUGCCCGCUUGUAUGAUAGUAUGGGGUGUCAUUAGUGCUUCAACAGCAGCUGUCAAGAACUUUGGGGGGCUGAUUGCCGUUCGUUUCUUCCUCGGUUUCGUGGAAGCGGCCUAUUUUCCGGGAUGUCUGUACUACUUGAGCUGUUGGUAUACUCGGAAAGAGUUGGGUCUUCGCACAGCGAUGCUUUACUCUGGUGCACUCAUCUCUGGUGCCUUCUCUGGUCUCAUCUCAGCUGGAAUUACGAAAAACAUGGAUGGAGUCCGAGGAUUCAGUGCCUGGCAGUGGCUGUUUAUCAUUGAAGGGGUUGUAACCGUAGGAAUCGCAUUUAUCGCCGUUUUCGUCCUGCCCAAUUUUCCUCGAACGACCAGCUGGCUUACCAAUGAAGAGAGAGCUCUUGCCAUUUGGAGGUUGGAAGAAGACAUCGGCGAAGAUGACUGGAUUAAUUCAGAAGAACAAACGUUUUGGCAUGGUGCUAAGCUCGCUUUCACCGAUGUCAAGACUUAUGUCUUGAUGGUGCUGUUGUUCUGCUUCGUUGCAAGUGGCUCCGUCACAAACUUCUUCCCGACGGUGGUCUCAACACUGGGCUACGACAAUGUCACCUCGCUCUUGUUGACCACCCCACCGUACGUUCUCUGUGUGAUUACAUCAUUCGCCAAUUCGUGGCAUGCAGACAGGACUGGAGAACGCUACUGGCACAUCAUCCUGCCCCUGAUAGUGAAUAUGAUUGCCAACAUAAUUGCCGCAACAACGACGAGCAUUGGCCCUCGAUAUCUCAGCAUGAUGCUUAUGGUCCCAGGAGUCUACACGGGAUAUUCCGUCGCACUCGCUUGGAUUAGCAAUUCACUCCCUAGACCGCCCGCCAAACGCGCCGCUGGGCUUGCCUUUAUCAAUGCUGUUAGCAACACUAGCUCGAUAUACGCCUCGUAUAUGUAUCCGAACUCGGCAGGGCCUCGCUACGUCGCGGCUAUGUCGGUCAACUGCAUGACUUCGUUCAUCGCUAUAUGUGCGGCUACCGUACUGCGAUCCAUGCUGGUGCGGCUGAAUAAGAAGCUUGAACAGGGUAUCCAAGUUGAAGGGGCGAUCAACGCUGCGCCAGGAGAGGCUGCGCAGCAUGGAUUCAGGUUUAAGAUAUGA